CUUGGCCCGGUCCUAAGUGAAAGUGCAAAAGUGAAGUGGUGGGCCUACCCAUCCCAACCUGGGGUAUGCUGGGAUUCGCGAAGAGCAGCACCUUACGAUGUUCAUGACCAAUCGGAUCUUGACGUACCAGUAGGUACCAGAGGAGAUCGCUAUGAUCGUUACUGUAUCCGUAUCGAAGAGAUGCGACAAAGUGUUCGGAUCAUUGUGCAAUGUCCUAAUCAAAUGCCUAGUGGCAUGAUCAAAGCUGAUGAUCGUAAGCUAUGUCCUCCAUCACGAUCUCGAAUGAAACUAUCCAUGGAAUCCUCAAUUCACCAUUUCGAACUUUAUACAGAAGGUUUUUCCGUACCAGCUCCUUCUACCUAUACCGCAGUUGAAGCACCUAAAGGUGAAUUUGGUGUCUUUCUUGUCAGUAAUGGGAGUAAUCGUCCCUACCGUUGUAAAAUAAGAGCACCUGGCUUUGCCCAUUCACAAGGACUCGAUUCUAUGUCCAAACAUCACAUGCCAGCAGAUGUAGUCACCAUCAUAGGUACUCAAGAUAUUGUGUUUGGAGAGGUAGAUAGAUAGGACGUAGUCUUGCUCGAUCAGGACCCUAGCUUUAUUGCGAGCCAAAACUGCCUGAAAGAAGAAAAA